UCCAUCCUUCCAUCCCUCCAUCUCCAGUUCUUCCUGCUGGAGGACAGAGGAGGUGUAGGAGGACAGAUGACACACAUGCUGUGUUGAUUUAACCGUGUUUCUGUUUCUCUGUGCGUGCUUCAUCUGGUCGCCAUGACAGCGGGGAGUCCCUCGGCCAAUCAGAGCCAGGCUCAGUGAAGGAAUGUCAAACGUUUAGGCAGACGCCUAAUGAUGCGUGACGCCUCUCCUCUCCUCCUCCUCAUCUCUGUGUCUCUGCCGCCGCCGGCAUUCGCUCCAGCAGCAGGAAGACAAAGCAGCUCCUGUUGCCAUAGAUGCUCAGCAGAUGUUCCUCCAUCUCUGAAAAUAAACUCACAGAAAAUACAGGAGGUUUACCCAGAAAGCCGCCCCAGAGGUCAGCACUGACCCCUGACCUCUGUGGACCAACCCAUCUGGACCAUCAGGGAGUUUAGUGAACAGAUAUCUGCUCUAUUAAUCCUGCAGAAGGUCCACCAUGAUGUUCUGUGGCGCUGCUGCAAGGACAGGCUGCAGUUAGGCCUCCUGACCAGCGGGGGCAGCAGUAAUCAAAACUCAGGAUGAGUGGUUCUGGCAGUGUUUUCGGCGGCGCCCCCCUGGACUCCAGGCCCCUCCCCUCCCUGGGGUCCGUCGCCGACGGCAGCCAUGGUUACCAUAGCAACAGCACAGCGUCCCCCUCCAACGCCUCGUCCUCCGUGAGGAGCCAGGUGGGACAGGUAGCGUACCACAGCCAGAGCACACCUGCUGCUGCGCCCUCCUCCUCUCAGGCUCCGCCCACCCAGCUGGCCACCCGGCUUCCUGAUUGGCUGGCCUCGGUGACAUCACUGAGCACCGCCAGGCCAGCCAGCAGCUCCACCCCAGCGCCAGACGCAGGUCGGUGUCAGCUGGUCCUGGAGCCUCAGUGCCACAUGCUGCCCUACAAUCAGACCUGGCUGUCCUCCUCCGUCGCCGUGGUGAAGAGUUCAGAGGUCGACAUGUUGCUAAGGUUCUUCAGCUACCUCAGCAGACUGUCCUGCUACAGACACAUCCUGCUGUUCGGCUGCUCGCUGGCGCUGCCCGAGUGCUUGGAGGCCGACGGGACCAACAGCAGGAAGGUGGUUCUGCCCUGCGCGUCGUUCUGUGAGGCGGCCAGGGAGGGCUGUGAACCCGUCCUGCAGAUGUUUAACGCCUCCUGGCCCGACUUCCUGCGAUGCUCACAGUUCAGUCAGAACGCCUCGUCGCCGUCGUCGCCCAUGGCAACCAGCGGCCUGACGCCUCCUGCCUGUUUCUCACCCCGUCAGAUCAAAGGAAAACCCUCUGUGUGCGGCGGGAAGGACAACUUCCUGUGUGCGACCGGAAUUUGUGUCCCUCAGAAACUGGUGUGCAACGGUUACAACGACUGUGACGACUGGAGCGACGAGACACACUGCGAAUGUCCUGAUGAAGAGUUUCGGUGCAACACGGGCCGCUGCCUGAGUCCGGUUCUGGUCUGUGAUGGUUAUGACGACUGUGGGGAUCUGAGCGACGAGCUGAACUGUGUGUGUGACCUGUCCCGGGAGCACCGCUGUGGGGACGGACGCUGCGUCUCCAGGGACUGGAUCUGCGACGGAGACCACGACUGCCUGGACAAAAGUGAUGAGACCAACUGCUCCUGUCGGAGCCAGGGCCUGCUGGAGUGCAGGAACGGUCAGUGCGUUCCCUCGGCUUUCCGCUGCGACGGCGAGGACGACUGCAAGGACGGCAGCGACGAAGAGCACUGCAGCCGGGAGCAGAACCCGGGUGGAUGCCUCCCCGCUCAGCCUGGCUGCAGUUCCUCUUCCUGUCCAGCGUGUGGAGCCGGUACCGUUGCCUGUGACCCCCGGAGCAACAACUGUUCGCGCUGUGAGCCCAUCACCCUGGAGCUGUGCAUGAACCUGCCCUACAACCAGACCAGCUUCCCGAACUUCCUGGGCCACCUGUCCCAGAGAGAGAGCUCUGUGUCCUGGGAGUCGUCCCUGUUCCCGGCGCUGGUCCAGACCGGCUGCUACCAGUACCUCAUGUUCUACGCCUGCACCCUCCUGGUCCCUAAGUGUGACCCGCUCAGCCUGCAGAAGGUCCCGCCCUGCAGGUCGCUGUGCCGCAUUGCCAAGGAGAAAUGUGAGUCGGUGCUCGGCAUUGUGGGUCUGCAGUGGCCUGAGGACUCCGACUGCAGCCAGUUCCCAGAGGACGGAGGGAACUCCACCUGCCUGCUGCCAGAGGACGGAGUCGACGAGUGCUCCCCCAGCCACUUCAAGUGCCGGUCCGGCCGCUGCGUCCUGGCGACCAAACGCUGCGAUGGACACCUGGACUGUGACGACCACAGCGACGAGGACAACUGUGGCUGCUCUGAGCGCGCUCUGUGGGAGUGUCCCGGCAGCACGCUCUGCAUCAAGCCCUCCAUGAUCUGUGACGGGUUCCCAGACUGCCCCCUGCAGGUGGACGAAGCCAACUGCUCGGUCUGCAGGGACAACGAACUGGCCUGUAACAACCACCAGUGUGUCCACCGCACCCUGUGGUGUGACGGGAGGAGGCACUGCUCUGACAGCUCCGAUGAGUGGAACUGUGUCUCCCUGUCGGAUCGGUCCGGUUCUGUUCUGACCGUGUUUAAGACGGCAGCGGAGUACCAGGUGUGUGCCGACGAGUGGAACCCGGAGCUGAGCAGACUGACCUGCGAGCAGCUGGGACUAGGGGCCCCCUCCUCGGUUUCCAUGGUACCCGACCAGCCUGCAGCACCGGGCCGUCGCCGUUGGUUACACGUCCAUCCAGAGUGGAACCUCAGAAACGGUUCUGCCCUGCAGGCCCGACUGGAGAAGAGAAGCCACGCCUGCCACUCCAGGAGGAGAGUUUCGGUCCGAUGCUCCAGAGCAGAGUGCGGUCUGCGUCCAGCCCUCCGUCCUCACAGGAAGAAGCGGAUCCUGGGGGGCCGGGUGUCCAGGCGUGGGGCGUGGCCCUGGCAGUGCUCGCUGCAGAGCGGUCAGAGCGGACACGUGUGCGGCUGCGUCCUCAUCGCCCGGCGCUGGGCUCUGACGGUGGCUCACUGCUUCGAGGGGAGGGAGAAUGCAGAGCUGUGGAAGGUGGUUCUGGGCCUGACCAACCUGGACCACCCCGGCGCCCACAGUCAGACCCGCAGCGUUCGCUCCAUCGUCGUCCACCCGCGCUACAACCGGGCGGUGGUGGACUACGACAUCAGCGUGGUGCAGCUGGACUCUGAGGUGGAGGAGACGGCCCACGUCAGGCCGGUGUGUCUGCCCCGGCCGGGGCAGCUGCCGACGCCGGAUUCCUACUGCUACAUCACCGGCUGGGGUCACAUGGGCAACCGGAUGCCCUUUAAGCUGCAGGAAGGCGAGGUCCGCAUCAUCUCCAUGGCGCAGUGCCAGUCCUACUUCGACAUGAAGACCAUAACUCCCAGGAUGCUUUGCGCCGGCUACGAAGCAGGAACCGUGGACUCCUGCAUGGGCGACAGCGGCGGCCCGCUGGUGUGUGAGGAAGAGGAGGGUGAGGGCUGGACGCUCUUCGGCCUGACGUCCUGGGGCAGCGUCUGCUUCAGCAAGGUGCUGGGGCCCGGCGUCUACAGCAACGUGACCCACUUCACGGCCUGGAUCCAGCAGCAGAUCUACGUCCACAGCUUCCUGCCCGACUGACGCCGGCAGGAAGUGAUGUCACUGACUGUGCCUGACCCACCAGAACCUCUGCAUCCGCCCCACUGGACCUCCUCACACAUGAACAUUCAUGUUUUCAUUCCAACCAGAUGGGUCCCACUUCUUUUAUUUUCAAAUUAAGAGCGUUUUCCCCGUUCAAAGCUGCGUUUGAGUCACAAAAACAUCCUGAAGGUUUUUAUUAAUCAUGUUUGUUGUGUUUCUGCUGCCGAAACAUUUUGUUUCCAGGAAAAGUUUCAGUCAAAAUCUUUAUUUUUAUAAAUGUUUAAAGUCCAGCAUCAACGUCUCUGUGGCGUUUAAACAGUAAAUUAUUUAAAACAAACUCAGAGGGAAAAGCCUCCAUUUACACCUUGAGGAUCUUUUAAUCAAACUUUUUCUUUUGAUAUAGAUUUAAUAAGAUUUUAUUUCUGUUUAGAUUAAAAUGAUGUUUCCAGAAAAUAUCAAGUGAUCAGAAACGACUUCCUGUCUCCUCCAACUCGUGUUCCUGAAAUUUUCUCCAUUUCAGGUUGUUUGUUGAAACCUGACUGUAACUGAACAACAUUAAUCACUGAGGACUCAACUUCCCACAAUGCUUCACUCUGCAGUGAGGCAACCAAAGCUCAACCAUCCUGUUGAUUAAUAAAAAUCAACAACAUUUCUAACUUAAAAAUUGUUUUGAAAAUCAUGUGAAUAUUUGAUGAUUUUAGCUAAUUAAGCAUCUUUACAUAAACACAGAGACAUUUAAACGGUUAUGAAUGAAACGACAGGCAGAAACAUUGAAAAUCUUCCUACACAAUCAUGUUAAUAUGGUUUAUCUAAAAUAUUCAUAUUUUAUCAUAUAACCAAGAGCAAAAAGACAGUAAAACCUGUUUAUUAGUAACAUAAUAUAUAAGGAGAAAUGUAAACAAAUAUUAAUAAAUUAGCUAAUUAUUGCAGUAAAAUCAUAUUUUUCUGUAUUUCAUUUAUAAAUAUAUCACUAACAUGAAAACGUUUCUCUGUGAUGUGAAGCACAGAUGUAGCACACUGACGCCAUAUUUCUGUUUUAUAUGAAGGCUAGCUCUGUUAGCGUAGCUCUGUUAGCACUAGCUGUGUUAGUACUAGCUCUGUUUGCACUAGCUCUGGUAGUGUUAGCUUUGUUAGCAUUAGUUCUGUUAGCACUAGUUAUGUUAGCAUUAGCUCUGUCAGUGUAGCUCUGUUAGCAUAGCUCUGUUAGCACUAACUCUGUUAGUGUUAGCUCUGUUAGCAGAGUUAGUGUUAACUCUGUUAGCACUAGUUCUGUUAGUGUUAGCUCUGUUAGCGUGGUUCUGUUAGCCCUAGCUCUGUUAGCAUCAGUUCUGUUAGCAGUAGCUGUGUUAGCAGUAGCUGUGUUUGUGUAGCUUUGUUAAAACCAACAGAUUGAUUUUAUUCAUAAUCAUUAAUUAAGGUUUAAUGUGUUCACAAACAGAAUAACUAAAUGAAAAUGAACACCAUGUUUUAUUUUAUCUGAGCGUUAGCAUUUAAUGCAACUAGCUUGAUGCUAAUAAUUUGUUUUAGCAAUAUAAAUUGACUCAUCUUUACAUUUUCAUUUAAAACAUCUUCAGUCGUAAAGCCAGAAGUUGUAACAGUUUAAAACGGCACAAUUUAUUAUUUUUGGCACAAAUUAACCCAAAUAAAGGAGAUCAGUGUGUUUAUCUGACUGACGAUUAAAAUAAUCAUUUUUAGUUACAAAUACUUAAAGCAGUUAAAGGCAUGUUUGCUGUAAACAGUUUGGUGAUAAAAUCAGACGUGAAAACAGCUGAACUGCUGCUGAUGAAGUUUAGUUUUAGUUUGUUCUGGUAAAUAUUCAUCGUUUUGCUGAAUCCAUGUUUUAGUUUCCAGACUUGUUAAAGUUUUGGGUUCUGGACUCGACUGGAUGCUGAAUGUUUCUGACCAACCAGAACAACCAGAACAUUCCUCUGCUGUUUGGGUUUCUUCAGGUGUUUCCUACAGCUUUUUGUAAGUUGAGCUUCUCACAGGUCUGUGUGUGUGUGUGUGUGUGUGUGUGUGUGUGUGUGUGUGU